UUUAAUUUGCAGGUGUUCAGGGUUUUGGUAGUGAAAGUUGGAAGUCUUGGUUGCUUUUUUCAGAAUGGCUUUGUUAAUUAGGGUUUACGCUCUGCUGAUUCAUGGGUUGAUGGUGGCGUUUGUCGCUGGAAACGUUGUUUUGAGGGGGGACAACAUUUUUAUGUCUUUUGAUGACGUGGAAGCUAACUUCACUCCUAAGAUAAAAGGAUCCGGUGAAAAUGGCGUCUUAUACUUGGCUGAUCCUAUAGAUGCGUGUUCUCCAUUGAAGAACAGAGUGGUUGGAGAUUCAAAUUCUCCAUUUGUGUUAAUUAUUAAAGGAAUUUGCUCUUUUGAUGAUAAAGUAAGAAAUGCACAAAAUGCUGGAUACAAAGCGGCUAUUAUAUAUGACUGUGAAGACAGUAUCCCCCUGGUUGAAAUGAGAGGAACCCCAGAUGGCAUCAAAAUACACUCUGUCUUUAUAUCGAAAACCUCAGGCAAAAUGUUGAAGGAAUACAUAGAUCGCUCCGAUGUUGAGACAUGGAUCUUAUCCAACUCUGAAAACCGCCCAUUGUCUAUAAAGGUUGUUUCUUUCUUAGCACUACUUGCCGUUGUUGUUGGGAUGGCUACAUGUUUGCAUGGGCGCAACAUAAUACAUGAGAGGUUUAUAGUUUCUCGAGUCCAAGAGUUUCAUGGAAUGAGUCGUAGUUUGGUGAAAGCGAUGCAGAGUAUGAGAUUCACAAAUGUUUUGGAGGACAAUUGUACUUCGAGUGCGUGUGCUAUUUGCCUGGAAGACUAUAGUACAGGAGAAAAGCUUAGAAUUCUACCAUGCCACCACAUGUUCCAUGCAAUUUGUGUUGAUUCCUGGCUCACAUCAUGGAGAACAUUUUGCCCUGUGUGCAAACGAGAUGCCAGGACAACAAUCAACAUCCCUCCAGCCUCAGAAUCUACUCCUUUGCUUUCUUCUGAUUUCCAAUCUCCAUCUUCAUCAAUACUGAUGUCUUCAUUGGCAAAGUCUUUACCAGUACCGACAGUUUGAUCUCCAUUUUCAUUGUGUAUUACUCAUCAUAUGGUUAACUCGUACUUGUACAAAUCCUAACGAUAACUUAGCUAGGUUGAUUUAUGUAUAACCAGAAGCUUUCAAGAUCAUAGAAAUAUACAGUCUAGAAUAUCUAGAACGUCACGUCUUAUGUCUCCACAUUCUACAGGUUUUCCCUUGCUCUGGUCUUACAGUUUGAA